GACUAAGCUCUUAUUUACGGAAGAAAUAACCGAAAGCUCACCUGAGAUUGAUAUCAGUAUCAAUUCUGAGGAAGCUUAUCGCAAUAACCUGUCAGUUGUAGAAGCAGUGGCAAGGACUUUUGAUAACUUUUAAACAACGGUUAGUACAUGCCAGGUUGUUUCCGCUAAUCGCCUGAUCUGAAGGCAGCAUUUAGCUCUGUUUGCUGAGAGACGCUGUAGCAAUGCCUAGGUGUGAAGGGAGUGUCGAGAAGUUACAUCACAUCUAUCGAGGUUAUCUAGUCAGGUAGAAGCUUAUACUGAGUCAUCGUCUGAAAUGAUAAUCAGUAGUUUCCGUUAGGGAUGUCGACUCUCUCCAUUUCUGUUAAAUUUCACCUAGGGUGUACUAAUGGGCGUGACUCUAGUCGACUUUUUUGUCUCGUAAACUUGUAGUACGCGGAAGAUGAGAUCCUUCUAGAGAAAAACGCUGACGAAAUCCAGAGUCUUCUAAACUUUUUGAGUAGAAAUCUUGGUAUGUUUGGCAUGUAAUUCACCGCUGUCAAAAGUAGGAUGAUGCUACAGAACUGGUCUACACCUACUUCUAGUUUGAACACAGUGAGUGAAAUAGUUGAAUGUAUUGAUCGCCUCACUUAUUUCGGAAGUUACAUCAGUCCUGAUGAACUGAUUUCUGACGAUAUCUCAUCAUGAAUUCAAAAGACUUUGUGUCAACUUGCAUUGUCUCUCGUAUAGAUGUAAUAUGUGUCUAUGAAACAAAGAAGGUGUGUACUACUCACCAGUUUGCUCUGCCCCUCUUCAUGUGUGUGAUAUAUGAUCGUUGAAAUUUGGAGACUUGAAAAGGCUGAUUGUAUUACAUGAUCAAUGUUUGUGUUUCAUAUGAAGUAUUUAAUGGUAUGGUACGGUGAAUAAUCGUGAGGUUAGAAGUAACGUUGUAAAGUUCCAUCGAUGGCUACAGGGCGUAGUAAGCGUACUAAGUCACUGCCUAUCUCAUCGAGCACUGUUAGGUGACCGUGGAUUAAGUUGGAAGACAGUCAGAGGUUGUCAAAUCAAUCGAUGAAAUCUUUGACUGUUGGUGUGAACCAUGUAGAGAGGUGUACACUUUCUGCGUUGGGCCCCCGGAACUCUGGAGAUUGCUUGCAGCAUGACUCAAAAUCGUUCUGAAAGACGUGAAUGUAUCCACUGUUUAUAAAAGAAGACCACCAUUUGUAUCUCCUAUCCUUUACCGUCCACCCACACACUCUGUAAAAGUGAGAUCUAUAGCUAGUGAUGUGUCCCAAUUUCAAGUAAGUAGUGAUUUGUACUUCGAAUGUAAUGGGAUCAAAGGCGUGAAAUCUCACUUUUGAAGCUCAUCAUAUAAUUUCUUAGAUCUCCCAAUCUUUAAAAUGCAUCCAUAAGUGAUUAUUUCUGCUACUGUGAAGAGGCUGCUUGUACAAAUGAAACCUUUUCUUCCACAGGUAUGGAUUAUACGGUAAUAAAUAAGGCGCCGUUUAGGAUUAUAAACUGUUUUCCACUAUGAGUACUUCGGAAUGUUGUUUUUAUACUUAUUUUAGGUAUAGUAGCAAGAAUAAAAUGUUUUAUCCUUUCACGCAGUUGAUGAUCAGUAAAACAAGUAAGAUUAUUAGCUAUGAAGUAAGAAUUCAAAUCAUAUUUUAUAAAUAUCUAUUUUUGUGUCAUUAUAGUCUUCAUAGACCAACAGAAUAUAAGACAUCUGGCUUAUCCCAAUCAGAUAUUCUUUAGUGAAGUGAAUCCUUGGGUUAUUGCACAACUAAACACAUAAAUUGUAUCUAAGUAUUUAACAGUAACACAGAAUUCAGUGGUCAAACUCUCCAAAUUGUUAUUUCUACAUUUCAUUUGCAUUUAAUAAUAAUAAUAAUAAUAGUAUUAUUUUGUUAUCAAUUAUUAGCAAAUAUAAUGAAACAUUUGGACUAUUUUCCACCAACUACACUAUUACUUUAGAUAUCUUCACAGUGAAGGUGUUGAUGUCACUGGACUAAUGGUCAGAAUAGAAGAAGUGAUAAUUAAAUCAUUUCUUUGUGUUCUGCCACCAAUCAAUGUAGCUUGUCGUAUGUUUCCUGCCAGUAAAGCAAGAUGCUUUGAAUUGUAUGGUUUUGAUAUAAUUAUUGACGAAAAUUUUAGACCCUGGUUAUUAGAGGUCAAUUUAUCGCCUUCAUUGGUUUGUGAUUCACCUUUGGACUUCAAAGUUAAAUCGCAUAUGUUAACAGACUUGUUCAAUCUUGUUGGUAUAACCUGUCAUGAUCCAUCGCGGAAAUCACGUGGAAUGUGUAAUGGAUCUAAUGUUACAUCCAAUGGAACGUCGUUUGUACCACCAGAUCCAUCAGCAUACUUUGUUUCUGCUAGUGAUCAAUGUUUUCGAAAUGCAAGUACUAAGACUCCAUCUCAAAGACAGAAUGGCACCAACAGCCAGUCAGAUAGAGGAGUUAAUAAUUUAUAUGGUAUACCAAUAAGUGGAAUGAUGCCAAAGGAAAUUAACAAAACACAAAUGAAUAUCUUACGCCGACUAAGUGAGGAAUCUGCCAGAGCUGGUGGCUGGAUACGCUUGUAUCCAAAUCCAGUUGCUUGGGAGCAAUAUGCUCACCUAUUCCCAUAUGAGUCAAAUAAACAUAACAAUGAAUGCAAUCGAAUACACUAUAACGAAAUACUUUAUACCUCAGUUGACCAGUACAAUCAAAGCAGUGAUAAAAGUUUAAAUGAUAUAGGCAACAGUAUACUAAUGGAUGCAUAUAAUGCAGCUUAUGCUUCAUAUAUCCUUCAAUCAGUCAGCUGGUCUACAUCAGUACUAAUAAAUCAGUUAAAGACUACUGACAAACUUACUACAGGGGAAAAUACAACAGAUAACCUUAAGGACUUAAUAGGCUCACUUAAAGUACCUGAAGAGUGUACCUAUUUUCAUCCAAACUAUGCACCAGGUAUAACUAAUCUACAUUGUUUAUUUUCUCGGGGCAUAACUCAUAGACACAGUUUUUCUAAUGAUAUAAAAGUUAUUCAGAAGCCCACCAUAAUAACAUCAGCUAUUCAUCAAAAACCCUUACCAUUGCAUAACGUGACACCAUCACAACUGCAUAAUUAUAUCACUAACUUUAUUCACACUCCAACAAAUGAUGAAUAUGGAUCAUCUUUGCGAGACUGCAGGCGUGUCACCUUACUUUACUGUUAUGUAAUGAAUCAUAUGCCAUAUUUUCUACGUAAAUUAGGUAGAAAGCCAAAAAUUCUCCCUGGUGUAUGCUUAACUCCAGGAUGUUUACACAAUCAUGCCUCAAAAAACAACAUAUGUGGUAUAUGGCAGAUUUGUAAAUCAGUAAAUUCCACAUAUGAAUCUCCAUUAGAUUCGAAUACACCACACACUGCAAGUAACUGUCAGGAUAACAAUGUAUCUAUCCCAGAACAUAUUUCAAACUCAGCUAAUACAAAUGAAAAUAAGAAAGACUUACAUAGUGAAUCGUUACUAAAACCAACGAGGAUCAAAAGUCAGCAACGUAACACUUCACGUAAACACAAGCAUUCAUUAGUAGUAAAUAAUGCUAGUAAAUUGAGUCCAAUACAAGCGAGACAUGCAUUUACGGCCUAUCUUUCACGUAUUCAAAAUAGGUUGGUCAUUGAAGCUGACCAGUGUUCAGCAGCUACAAAUCAAUAUCAAAACGAUGAUGAAGAAAUAAAACUUCUAAUAAAAUUUUUACACACUGCCUCAGCCAAUUUAUCAUCUUCACAGAAUCCAUUAAAAACUGAUAAUUUAUAUUCACAGGUUCAAUCAUCAGGCGGCAGAAAUCAACGUGAAAGUAAACUAGAAUUAGCUAGACUAUUAAAUGAAUUUAUUAAUGUGUAUCAGUAUGAAACAGUUAACAAUAAACAACUUGUUAGAAGUGGUAAAGUUACAAACUGUAUGAAAAUAUUGAAUUCAACACAAUUUUGGAGAUUGAUACGUGAUUCAAAUGAAAGUGAUCUUGAAAGUUUACUCGCAGAAUAUACACGACUGAAUAAAUCUGUUGAUGUAUUUUUAGGUCGUCAAGAUGAUAAAUCAAAGAAACGUCCACUUCCAAAUUUAAAUAAUCAAAAGUUAAGGCCUUUUAAAACUGGUUCAUCGUCAUCUGAUAGUGGAUUUCAAUCGAUAAACGAAGUGAAUUCGUCACCUCCAGCAAAGAAUGACAGUAAUCCUAUUGGAAAGCAACGCUUCCUAGAACAUUUGUCGAACAGUAAAAUGCAUAAUCACUGUUCGGUAGACUCCUCACCUUCUUCAUCAUUUUUUUCUUCUCCUACCUCUUCUUCGAUGUCUCUACCAAACGAAUCGUCAUCUGAAGAAAAGGCGAUUCACUCAUCAAACAAGGAUGUUGUUAACAGCAAUAAAAACUAUAAGCAGAAAUUGUCAACCAUGAAUAUAAACUACUCAGAUAAACCUGAAUACUGUCAAAAAUGCACUUUUAUAAAUCCGGUAAAAUCUGCUAUAAAUUUAUUGUCAUGUGGAAAAUGUAUUUCAAGUGUUACUAAAACAUCUCAACAAAAUGACAUUUCACCUACAGAAGGUGAUAAACGUAAUGAAAAUAAGGUAGACCCUAAAGAUGAUUCUCCUUUACAUGCUGAAUUUUGUAUGAGUAAAAAAGAUAGAUCUUGUCAAACAAUAAAAUCUUCCGGAUCGCAAACAGCAAGAAGACCUCAAAGUAGUAAUAAAAGUGUAUCUAAGUUACGCAAACCAAUAAAAAAGGUGAACCGACGUAAAGUUCAACCAUUAGUGUAUUCAACACGCAACAACACUUCGUCAUCAUUGUCAUUAUCUUCAUUCGGUAAACAAAACAACCGCAUAAAUACUCAGGAUCAAAGACGUUUUAAAUCCAACUGUGCUCUUCGAUCAAAUAAACUGGCGAACUCCCCGUCAAAUAACCGUGUUCAUGAAAAAAAUAAUUAUAAACCAAGAAAUAGUAACACAGUAAAAAAGUUGGCCUUAGUUCCAGGUAUUAAUCCACCAAUUUGUAAGCCGGUAUACAUGUUAUCAGCAGAUAAAUCGUUAUCAUUCAUACACCUACAUGGACACAAUAAUUCUUGUGAAAACGACAGUGAUAAAUCUGAUAGUAAAACAGAUGGUGAAUAUGUGUUAUCCGAUGUUUGUUUGAAUAAAAACUGCCGGACCGACAAGUCUAAAUUCAAUCGUACAAGUCGGCGAAUCUAUCCAUUAUCUUCAGCUAGAAAAACGCAUUAAAAUGUGUCAUAGGGCUUGAGGUUUGCACUUAGUGAAGAGUUCCUUCAUUAGGUAUAUACGAUGAAGGAAAUCGUAUAUAAAUUGCCUACUUAAAAUUUCCCGGAACAUACAAAUCUGUUUUCAUAAAAACAAUAUGCCGUUGAUAUGUCUGAUAAUAAAUGGCAUAAAAUGAACUGUAUAAAUUUUAAUUGCAUGGAACCAAAUGAGAAUGUAAGCAAAGAAUACGUUUUUAUAUUAAACAGUGGACUUUUAUAUUCAAGUAAAUGAUCAGUCGUUUAGAAAAGAAGUAUGGUGGCUGAAAAACAUUUUGUUUUCUUUGUACUACCAUUCUACAUUUUAGUCAAUUUAAUAUACUACUAUCAAGUAGUCUGGUAAAAUCAAUAAAAUAAUCGGAGCUAGG